AUGUCCACGACGACGCAACAGACACAAACUCAGCCCGGAUGGAUCGGGACCAUGGGACGUUUGGCUGAGGUCUUCUUCGCACAAGUCAACAGUCACAAUUCCAAGGCGGCAACCCUCAUUCGGUUUUUGAUGCGGCCAAUUUACGAAUCUCUUACAUCCACCGUUUCAAACGAAAUGAAAAAUAUGCCAGCAUCAAUAGUCCCGAUGCCCGUUUCCUGUGAAUAUAAUGUUUUCCUUCGCUUUAUGCUCUACGCCUAGCGCUGUGCCUACGAUCACCUGACCGCCACCUAUUUGUUGCUUGGCGAGCGCGUCUGCCAGCAUCGGCGCAGCUUGCCGCUUACUCUGGCACCUCAACUCACUUCGCUCGAUCUGGUCAGUCCAUCUACCCAUCCUCCCGCUGCUCUUCCUCCUCCUUCUCCUCCCGGCUCCAUGCCGUUCGGCCAGACAUUUGCUUCCACUCACACUCGCCUCAUGGACGUCAAGUGCCGCCAGCCCAGAGUCGACGCCACCAACAUGAAUAGGGCAUCUUGUAUCAUGGGCCUUGAAGACACCGGCGAUGCCAAACGGUAUGUAUCGUCUUUUGCUGCCUCUUCUCUUACCGCCACAUUGGCCGGACCUGACAAUGUGAUCGGCACUGCGGUCGACGGUACCUCUUCAGACCUACGAUUAGCCUCCACCACCACACCUUCGUCUUCCUCUUCAUCCUCGUCGAAUCAACACGUGCAAACCACUGUUAAUUCGCCCCUUAUACUUCAUUUCAAUCUGGAUCAUGGACAGGAUUCCUUCGAAAGUCGACAAACAAGCCAAAGAUCUCCUGAUUUCGAGACUGUAGGUAAGUAA